AUGUCAUCGUCUCAUCGAGAAGCGAUUUCUCCCUUCGUUCGUUUGGAAUCGCUUGGAAUCCGAGAACGGAAAGGGACCCGAGGGGCUUACCUGGUGGCUCUAAUUCGACUGUUUCAAAACGAAAUCAACUUGGGAUAUCUAUUCAAUUUUGCUAAAGAUCCCUCCCAAUGGUUCUUGUUGAAGGCGCAGAUCAUUUCAAAAACCGCAAAAGGUUAUAUCGAAUAUCAAGGUACCUUGCACGAAGUCGACCGUCAAGUCCCUCCAUUUCGAGCUCAGAACCCAGACGACGUGACCAAUUGGCUAACAAGUAAUUCCUCACCCGCGUGGUGUAUACCAGACCCGAUGAUGGGACCAGAUCUUAUGACACGAGUCAAGCUCAGCAAUGGUGACAUUGUUUUGGUUGUGGUGUGGGUAAAGUAUUGGGAAUUUGGGGCUUCGAAGGACGAAUCACUUCAGGCGGAAGACACAGCAACCGUGAUUCGAUCCUUGACACCUUCUGAGUGGUUUUCAAACACACGCGCGCGUUCUGCUACAACCAUUGAAGAGGGCCAAGUCAAAGCGAUGCUCUCAGAAGUCAACAAAUUGAACCUGCUUCGAGUUAUUGUCACCCGUUCAUCGGGUUUCUGGCUAGACUUGGAUUCUCAAGAGGUUCGAAGCUCAGUUGCAGCAGACGAACAUCCCCUUGCGACAAUUGGAUUACUUCACAUCGCUCAAGCUUUUUCUGAAGCCACACGUAGCCACGAAUCUGUACACGGACUAAAGGUAGAACAAGUCAACAAUGCACUGGAGUCACCUUAG